UCUCGCUUUUUAUGAGACUAAAGGAGGCAAUCAAGAUAAGGCCAAGCUGGAACACGCAAAGUCGACUGGUUAUGAACGCAAAGUUCGUGCUUAUCUUGAUAGUCAAGGUAUGGUCAAGCUGGAACACGCAAAGUCGACCGGUUAUGAACGCAAAGUUCGUGCCUACCUUGACUGUCUUCGGGGGCUAGCUGGGAAACCUCCUCUCAACUGA